AUGAAAUUCAGUUUAUUUGAUGGUAUAAUUAAUUUUUUAAAUCAAAAUGAGAAAGAAUUCCUUGAUUCUACAGAUGAAUUAACAGAAGAACAACCUGAAGAACCAAUGUAUUUUCAGACUCAAAGAGAAAAUGCAGAAAAAGAAACAACAGUGGCCCAAAGUUGUAACAAUCAUACUGAUACCAAAGAUAAUUUAAUCGAAAUCUCUCAAAAGCAUACUGAUCCUAAAGAAAUUUUAAUCAAAAUCUCUCAACUUAAGAAUUCUAGUGAUUUUGAAAGCGUUUACAAUUUCCUUAAUGAACUUUCUGCGGAAGAGAAUCAUGCAAUGAUUGCAAAGACUUGUACAGAAGGGCUUUGGAAAAAGACACAAUCAGUUGGUCGUAACGUACUUCAUGAGGCAUGUAAACGAGGAAAUCUUAAUCUUGUUAAGCAUCUCAUUAAAUGCAACUGUGAUAAAGAAGUAAUGGAUAAUUAUGGAGUUACUCCACUUAUUUAUGCAUCAGAAGGUGGCCAUAUUGAAGUUGUUAAAUGUCUUACUUUUGGUGGGGCUAAAAUAGAAGCAAAGGAUAAAUCUGGAUCUACUCCACUUAUUUAUGCAUCAGGAAAUAGUCAUCUUGAAGUUGUUAAAUAUCUUAUCUCGGCUGGAGCUAACAAAGAAGGAAAAGAUAAAAGCGGAAGGACUCCACUCAUUUUUGCAUCAUUCAAAGGUCACCUUGAAGUUGUUAAAUAUCUUAUCUCUGUUGGAGCUAACAAAGAAGCAAAGGAUAAAAAUGGGAAAACAGCUUUCACGCUUGCAAAAAGUAAUGUAAAAGAUUAUCUGAUGUCCAUUCAGGUCAAAUAA